ACGUCCCAGAGAGAACGCAAUAUGGCAACAGGGACAGUCGAAAAAAUACUGGAUGCCCAAGAUGUCGCGGAAGUAGUACGAGAGAUACUCGUAGUUCAAAAUAAAUCAGAAACUUUAGGACGUGUUUUAAAACUUCGAAAGUCACGGUGGAUCGGAUUAUCUCAACAGUACAGUAAUCCACAAGAUCGCCUUUUUCAUAUCAUUGAUGAGUUUGUGAAACAAGUG